AUGUCGGCCCAAGAUUCAUCCCUGACGAACUGGCCUGCUGUGGCGGGCUAUGUCUCAACGCGCAAGGACAGUUACCCGUUCAUCGAUCCUACCCAAGCUGACCUGACAGGCAAGUCGGUCUUAAUCACGGGAGCCUCCAAGGGAAUCGGCAAGGCGACCGCAAUCAGCUUCGCCACCGCGGGCUGCUCGAAGAUACUGCUGCUUGCUCGUUCAGACCUGACCGAAGUCGAGACAGCUGUCCACACCGCCGCCGUGAAAGCAAACCGGCCCAGGCCAAUCAUACAUUCCCUGAAGGUGGAUGUGACCUCGGAGGAGUCUAUGCGAGCGGCUGCUGAAACCGCAGCGGAUGUUCUCGGCGGCAGCCUCGACGUCCUUGUGAACAAUGCAGGCUACCUGGAUGAAUGGAAGCCCAUCGCCGAGUCGAAGCCGAGCGAGUGGUGGCGGACUUGGGAGGUCAACAUCAAAGGGACCUAUCUCGCUGUCCACUUCUUCGUACCGCUGUUGCUCAAAUCGGAGACCAAGACAGUCAUCAAUAUUAGCAGCGGUGGUGCCCAUGUAAUAUUUCCCGGUGCGUCGGCCUACCAGACGACCAAGUUCGCCCUCUGCCGCCUCACCGAAUUCAUGGACCAGGAAUACCACCAGGAAGGGUUGAUAGCCAUCUCGGUCCAUCCAGGUGGUGUCAAGACCGAUCUAGCAAUGAACAUGCCUCCAGAGAGGCAAUCUGUCCUGACUGAUACGCCGGAGCUGGCUGCCGACACGCUGGUCUGGCUCACUCAUGAGCGACGCGACUGGCUUGCCGGCCGAUUCGCCUCAGUAAGCUGGGACAUGGAGGAACUUGAGCAGAAGAAACAGGACAUCCUCCAAAGAGACUUGUUCAAGUUCCGGGUGAUUGUUUGA